AUGGGAACGCUCGUCAGCGUGGCAAAACAAUUUAGUUUUAUGAAUGUGGUCAUUGUUGUCUCUGGUUUUUCUUCUUUUGGAAAUAUUAUACCGUUAAUGAACCUUCUAUUUGAAAUUCACAAAAGCAUUAAAUUAUCUGAAACCGCGUUGCGCAAACCUUAA